CCUCAGCUCGGCGGUGGCGGCCACGGCCACCAGCUGCCUCAUGGGGCUCGGCGAGAAGCAGGACGCCGGCAAGAAGGUCAAGAGGCACAGCAUCCACGGCAUGAUGGAGGAGGAGAACGUGAUCCGGCCGCACCAGGAGAUGGCGCAGCUGUCCCUGGACGAGAAGAAGUUCCUGCUCGCCGUGGAGCGAGGAGACGUGGCGUCCACCAGGAGGAUGCUGCAGCGCGCGCAGGAGACGGAGUACAUCAACAUGAACUGCGUGGACCCGCUGGGCCGGUCGGCGCUGCUCAUGGCCAUCGACAACGAGAACCUGGAGAUGGUGGAGCUGCUGAUCGAGCACAAGGUGGAGACCAAGGACGCGCUGCUUCACGCCAUCUCGGAGGAGUUCGUGGAGGCUGUGGAGGUGCUGCUGGACCACGAGGAGACCAUCCACCGCGCCGGCGAUCCGCACAGCUGGGAGGCGCUGCCGCCCGACACGGCCACCUUCACGCCGGACAUCACGCCGCUGAUCCUGGCGGCGCACCGGGACAACUACGAGAUCAUCAAGAUCCUGCUGGACCGCGGCGCCACGCUGCCCAUGCCCCAUGACGUCAGGUGCGGCUGCGACGAGUGCGUGACCUCGCGGCAGGAGGACUCCUUGCGGCACUCGAGGUCGCGCAUCAACGCCUACCGCGCGCUGGCCAGCCCCUCGCUCAUCGCGCUCUCCUCCAAGGACCCCAUCCUCACGGCCUUCGAGCUGUCCUGGGAGCUGCGGCGGCUCAGCUUCAUGGAGCACGAGUUCAAGUGCGAGUACCAGGAGCUGCGCAAGCAGUGCCAGGACUUCGCGACGGCGCUGCUGGACCACACGAGGAGCUCGUACGAGCUGGAGGUGCUGCUGAACCACGACCCCACGGGCCCGGCCUUCGAGCACGGCGAGCGCAUGCACCUGAACCGCCUCAAGCUGGCCAUCAAGCUGCGCCAGAAGAAGUUCGUGGCGCACCCCAACGUGCAGCAGCUGCUGGCCUCCAUCUGGUACGAGGGCCUGCCCGGCUUCCGGCGCAAGAACAUGGUGCUGCAGGCGCUGGAGAUAGUGCGCAUCGGCAUCCUGUUCCCGCUCUUCUCCGCCAUGUACAUCCUGGCGCCUCACUCGCGCGUCGGCCAGCCCAUGCGCAAGCCCUUCAUCAAGUUCAUCUGCCACUCGGCGUCCUACUUCACCUUCCUCUUCCUGCUGAUCCUGGCGUCGCAGCGCAUCGAGAGCGUGAUCUUCGACUGGUUCGGCCCGGCAGACGCCAAGAGGGCGCCGGCACCCGAGCCGCUAGACGUCACCACCAAGCGGGGCGCCGGUCCGUCCAUCAUCGAGUGCUUCAUCCUGGCCUGGGUGUGCGGCCUAAUCUGGAGCGAGGUGAAGCAGCUCUGGGACGUGGGGCUGGAGGAGUACGCCAACGACAUGUGGAACGUCAUCGACUUCGUCACCAACUCGCUGUACGUGGCCACGGUGGCGCUGCGCGUCGUCGCCUACUACCAGGUGCAGAAGGAGAUGGCGGGCAAGGAGCCCAGGAUAGACCUGCCUCGCGAGGAGUGGGACACCUGGGACCCCAUGCUCAUAUCGGAGGGCCUCUUCUCCGCCGCCAACAUCUUCAGCUCGCUGAAGCUGGUGUACAUAUUCUCGGUGAACCCCUACCUGGGUCCGCUGCAGGUGUCCUUGAGCCGCAUGGUGCUCGACAUCAUGAAGUUCUUCUUCCUCUACGUGCUGGUGCUGUUCGCCUUCUCGUGCGGGUUGAAUCAGCUGCUGUGGUACUACGCCGACAUGGAGAAGCAGCGCUGCCCCAACGCAACAACCACCAUCGACCCCAAGAACCCCAGCGACCCAGACGCCUGCACCGUGUGGAGGAGGUUCGCCAACUUGUUCGAGACGACGCAGACCUUGUUCUGGGCGGUGUUCGGCCUCAUCGACCUGGACAACUUCGAGCUGGCCGGCAUCAAGAGCUUCACGCGCUUCUGGGGCAUGCUGAUGUUCGGCACGUACUCCGUCAUCAACAUCGUGGUGCUGCUGAACCUGCUCAUCGCCAUGAUGAACCACUCCUACCAGCUCAUUUCCGAGCGGGCCGACGUGGAGUGGAAGUUCGCGCGCUCCAAGCUGUGGAUCAGCUACUUCGAGGAGGGCGGCACCGUGCCGCCGCCCUUCAACAUCAUCCCCACGCCGAAGAGCGCGUGGUACCUGGUGCAGUGGCUGCACCGCCGCCUGUGCGGCCGCUCCAAGGCGGCCAAGAAGGAGCACAUGCGCACCAUCAGGCGUAAGGCGAAGCAGGCUAGCGAGAGAGACUUUCGCUACCAGAGCAUCAUGCGCAACCUGGUGCGGCGCUACGUGACGGUGGAGCAGCGCAAGGCGGAGGGCGAGGGCGUCACCGAGGACGACGUGAACGAGAUCAAGCAGGACAUCUCCGCCUUCCGCUGCGAGCUCAUCGAGAUCCUCAAGAACUCCGGCAUGAACACAUCCACGGCCGCCGGCAUGGGCACGGGGUCAGGAGGGAAGAAAAACCGCCAGAAGGAGCGCCGGCUGAUGAAAGGCUUCAACAUCGCGCCGCCCACGGCGGGCAACUCGCAGCUGCCGACGGUGGACGAGCUGAUGGCGAACCUGCAGCAGCAGGGCCAGCACCAGCCGCACCACCUGCACGACCUGUUCGGCUCGACGGCGUCGGGCAUCUUCAGCGGGCUGGCCGGCUCCACGCCCAAGAGGGCGGCGACUCCCCUGGCCGGCGACGUGCACCGCAUGUUCGGGCGCCUGGCGCCGCGCUCGCACGCGCACAAGCGCUCCUCGUCGCACAAGCGGCGCUGGGGCACGCUCAUCGAGGCGGCCAAGUCGGGCCGCGUGAGCCGCCUCAUCGGCCGCAGCCACUCGGAGGACUCGGUGUGCAACAGCCGCUGCCGCGGUACGCACGGCGACUCCAACAAUAGCCACAGCAACAGCCCGCCCUCGGACGAGGCGACCGAGUCUCCGUCCGACUCGAACCCCAGCCUGGUGGAGGCGGCGCCGAGCGGCGGCGGUCACCACGGGGUCAUCGUGACCGGCCUGGCCGCGCUGCGCCGCAAGAGGAAGAAGUUCUCCGCGUCGCGGAGUGGCAACGCCUCUGACGCCACCCCUGGCCGACCCGCCGACCCCGCCGCCUGCUGCAAGCACUCGCGCAAGCACCUGCAGAGGGCGGCCAGUGUCCCCACGCGCUCCUCCGAGACCCCUGCCCUCGCGUCGCAGCGCCACGAGCAGACCCAGUCGCAGCAGCAGUCCGUGGAGCUCAGCCUCGACGCCCACCGGGACGCGCUGACGCCGUCCACCACAGAGGAGAGCGUGGCCGCCUUCCCGUCGGGCGGCGCUGGCGGCGCGGUGACCUCCUCCAGGGAGCCGCUGUUGGCCCAGCCGUCCGGCGCCAGCGGCAAGUCCCGCAACGGCUCGGCCACUGUGCUGCCCAACCUGCCGGGCAUCCAGCCCGUCAGCGGACACAACAACCCGUCAGCGGGGUGGCUGUGAGCGGAGCAGGGCCGACCACCCUCCUAGGAGGUCCUGUGUUGGCUGCAAGUCUCGCCACAGCUACCCUCCUGGGAGUCCAUCUCAUCAGUGGAGCAGGGCCGACCACCCUUAUAGGAGGCCCUGCCGGCCUGGAGAUCUUUUUUUUGGGUACCAAGCGUCAGUCCUGUUGUUACAGUUCCAUCGGCGCAUGGCAAGAUGUAAAGGAAGUGACCUAAAUAAAACAUUUCAGAGGGCUAAAUAAGUAAGAUAGUACAUAAUACUGUUUCGGACUUCUUUGUCUGGUAAACUACCUAGGGAGAUUGAUGACAACACCAAGUAUAGUCUUAAUUUUUGUCAUUAAACUUUUAUCAGAAAAUUUUUCACUUCAUCCGAUAACUUUAGAAUUUCUGAUGUGAGAAAUGGGUAGGUCGAUAAUUUUAAUCAAUCUGAAAGCUAAUUUUCGUUCCUGAAAUUAGCCUAUUAUUAGCUUAUUUAAAUCAACAAAUAUUCCAUUAUUGGGAUGGAUCAAAGUGUUCCUAAAAACACAAUUUUUGAGAUAGUUGGACAUUUUUACAUCCUUUUGAAACAUUUAAUUUAACUCACAAGUAUCACGAUUGGCACCUGGUAGCCUAUGUUCACUUUAAAUUAUUACAGAUUAGUUUUGUUAAUUUAACCCAAAAAUAAAUGUAUUUUAAAUAUCAGUUAUCACUUCGCUAGUACUGAACCCCAGGAAAUCUUCUAUAAGUUGUGGUUUGAGAGAGAGCUUAAAUAUCUGAGUGCAUAGACUAGUUUUCAAUCUGUCAACGUUUUUAAGGUAUUGUUGAUGUUUUUGGCAAACUGAUACCCUGAUAUUCCUAGACAAGGUUUUAGUGGGAAUCAUAUAUUCUGCCAAUUCCAAUCAUACCAGUUACCUCUGGAAUACUCAUGAGUGACGGUGAAAUAUUUUGCAACAAGUUUCAGUCUGCAUUUUCUUAGCAUCCAAAGAGCGAUUCCCUCUUGUGAAAAGUGCAGAAGUAAGAUGUUCGUACGGUACUAUGAGACCAGCAUUUAAUGUUUACGAAUCCUUAGGAUUUGACCAAUAUUAAAAACUAACAUACUCAGUCAGCUAUCAGCGUCUUCGAAGUGACGACGGUGGUGUUUUCGUAGUAUGAAGUUGUUUGUAGACGCAUUAGAUAUCUCAUAAACUUUAGCUAGAGGCUAGUGUCGGUGUUAUUUCCAUGUCGAGGAAAGUCAGAUAUAUUUAUCUACAUUUUAGGCGAUGCAGUUAUCUGCAUUGCUGGCAAGUGGUAGGGGACCAUAGUAAGAGAUUUUCCUAGUUGAGUUGUUCCAGUUGCGUACGGACCGCUGUCUCUGCUGUUUUAUCAAGGUUUGUUGUUCCUGACUGUUUUCCUGGAUGAAUCUGUUUCCAUGGGCAUAACUACUUUGUUCACUUGAAGAAGAAAACCAAAAGAAUCACUCAUAUCAUCAUAAUUCUCCUAUUUGAAGAAAUUUUCACCGAGUGUCACUAGCGCAUUUGUUACCUAUCUCUGGCUCUUGCAAGGAGAUUAGCCCCUCAAGUCAGCUUAACUCAUUCUGUUUAUGCACCUUAUUAAGUUGUCUUACUGCAGCGGGUCAUCCACUUAAGUGCAAAUUCAGAUCCAGAAUUGUACACGUAGCAAAUAAACUGUUCGGCGAUAAAUAACCAACUUCCUGUGUUAUAAUAAUGACUGGAGAGUAAUUCUUUGUUAUUCUAAAAACAUAUUAUGCGUUAUAUUUAGUUGAGUAAUUUUUUCCAUGUCAACAGUUGUUGAACACGGCGCUGUCAAAAAUUGUCAUAGCGAAACUUAAAUUUUUUUUUUUUUUUUUUGCAUACAGUGUGUCUAUUUUUUUCAAUGUUUUUUUAUAAUCAAUAGUGAAGUACUUUUAAAUAUAUAUUUUUUAAAUAAAUGUCACAAAUUCACCCCAAAAAUAAGCCUGAAGCUAGAUUUGGCUGCUUUGUAUAUAAAUAUUAUUUUUAUAAAUAAUUUGUUAUUUAACUUAAGUCAUCAAUAAAUUUCCGUUUGUUACAUAUUUGAUGUAGAAAUUCAAGCAAAUAAUUCUCUUCCAUAAGCUUCCUGCUCGGUUGAGAAAGUUUGUCGGAGUAUUUGCUCUGGCGGUUAGCGUCUCGCUGCAACGCAAACAUGGAAACAGAAUCAUUCGAAAGGAAGAAAAUUACUCGUGCGGCUUCUUUUCCUUUUACGUUUCCGUUGGUGGUUUGUCAACCUGCGUCGCGGCGCGGAGUUGCGAGGAGUUGCGAGGAGUUGCGAGGAGCACGCGCAGACCGCGGCGGAACUGUGGCCCCGGCAGAGCAGUCUGUGCAGUCUGUGCAGUCUGUGCAGUCUGUGCAGUCUGUGCAGUCUGUGCAGUCUGUGCAGUCUGUGCAGUCUGUGCAGUCUGUGCAGUCUGUGCAGUCUGUGCAGUCUGUGCAGUCUGUGCAGUCUGUGCAGUCUGUGCAGUCUGUGCAGUCUGUGCAGUCUGUGCAGUCUGUGCAGUCUGUGCAGUCUGUGCAGUCUGUGCAGUCUGUGCAGUCUGUGCAGUCUGUGCAGUCUGUGCAGUCUGUGCAGUCUGUGCAGUCUGUGCAGUCUGUGCAGUCUGUGCAGUCUGUGCAGUCUGUGCAGUCUGUGCAGUCUGUGCAGUCUGUGCAGUCUGUGCAGUCUGUGCAGUCUGUGCGCGUGUCUGCGCGCCAACGCGUCUCCCACUGAUGCCCACUCGAGCCCGCAAAGAGGAGAUUGGAAGCUGUGAAUGUUGACGAUGUUUGUGAAACAUUCGGCGUAUAAUUUUUGUUAAAAACUAAUUGAUCAUAGUGUAAAAGUUAUAACCAGAGGCCUUAUCACACCAAAUUAUAUACAAUGUACCAUUCAAUGGAGAACAUUAAAUUAAUUCAUAAUUAA